CAUUUAUAUAUUUGAAGAGACUGCUAACGAAGACUGUUUUCUGCUCCAUAUUAGGGCUUUUGAUUGAGUUGUUUACAGAGCAAGAUCAAUCAAAAUGAGUCGGGGCGCAGCAGCAGCUGGUGGCGCGAAGGGGAAGAAGAAGGGAGCCACCUUCGUGAUCGACUGCGGGAAGCCGGUCGAGGAUAAGAUUAUGGAGAUUGCCUCUCUCGAGAAGUUUCUCCAGGAGAGGAUCAAGGUCGGCGGGAAAACCGGCGCUCUCGGCGAUUCCGUCACCGUCGUCCGUGACAAGAAUAAGAUCACUGUCAAUGCCGAGUCCGCCUUCUCUAAAAGGUACCUCAAGUACUUGACUAAGAAGUACUUGAAGAAGCACAAUGUGCGGGAUUGGCUUCGCGUUGUUGCUUCCAACAAAGACAGAAAUGUUUACGACUACGGUACU